AUGGAAUCCUCAAAAGUAUGGGAACGAGUCCCUGCAGAAGGUGAAAUAUAUUCUGCUAGAACAGGCCACACAGUCACUUGUGACGAUCACUACAUAUACCUAUUCGGUGGUACAGAUGGUGCAGCUCGUAAAAAUGACUUAUACAUUUUCGAUCCCCAAAAUCUUGUAUGGCAUUCAGUUAAGCCUUCAGGCAUCCCUCCAGCUCCUCGUUCUGGCUGUCAAUGUGCAAUGGUAGGGACAAACAUAUAUUUUUUUGGUGGCUAUACCAAAAAAGAAGGAGAAUAUUUCAAUGAUAUUUUUCAGUUCUCUACAACAUCUCUACAAUGGCAAGAAGUCCGCCCAAGCACAAAUUUCAGGCCUGAAAAACGUACUGACCACUCUUUGGUAUUUUAUAAGGAUUCUUUGUAUGCGUUUGGAGGCUAUGAUGGUUCUCACCGUUUUAAUGAUUUGAUAUAGUUAUUUAUGGUAAAUUUAGCAUAGGAUUAUUUUAUCAUAAAAAUUAGGCAGAAUAAGGGAAAUGGGACACAAUUUAAUCUACAUGACUUAACUUGAAAGGUAAUUCAAAGCGAAACGUUACCAGAAAACAGGUUUGGACAUACAGCAGUGACUUCUAAGGACAAGAUGAUUUUGUUUGGAGGAUGGAAUGGGCACGAUACGCUCAAUGACGUGUGACUGUUUUCUUUUACUACCAAUAAAUGGUCACAAGCAGUCACAUCAGGGUUUAUUUAUCCAAGAUACAGACAUUGCGCAGUCACAAUGGGAAAUUCAAUGUUUAUAUUUGGUGGAGUAAAUAAAGAGCAGCAAAGAUUUGAUGACAUUUAUGAGCUGAACAUUAAUUUGCGGCACUGAAUGAAAGUAGAGGUCCCAGGAAUUUCUCCAACUCCAAGGACAUUUCAUCGUGGUGUUGUUUUUGAUGGAUAUUUCUAUAUAUUAGGAGGGUUUGAUGGGCAAAGGCAAAAUGAUAUGUAUAAAAUGUACCUUCAAGACCUCAGCCCUGAAGAUGACUUAGAAUCAAAUCCACUGGCUGAGUCAAAACCUAGCUUAGAUAAUGAAUUAAAAUGGACAGAAGUUAUGUAUAGGCAUAUCCCUAAGAUAGCCCAAUAUGGGCGAGGGAAAGAGGCCAACACUUCCCACUUAGUCCGGCCAACUCAGGUUGGUCGAACCAAUGGUAAGUGGCGGAUGAUCCUCCUUCCACUUGGUUCGGCCAACCCGAGUUGGCCGAACCAAGUGGAAAGUUUUGACCUCUAUCCCUCACCCAUAUCGGGCUAUCUUAGGGAUAUGCCUAUAUUUAUUAUUAGCCAAGUUUAAUUGGAAAAAUUAUCAAUUAAUAUAAUUGUUUUUAAAAAAUAGAUAUAGGUAAUUUAUUCUUUUUUUACCAUAAUUAUAAUAAGAAUACACAGGAAAUGUUUAUUCAGCUAGGACUGGGCACUGUGCGAUUAAUCUAAAUGGAGUUUUUUACGUUUUUGGAGGCACUGACGAAUAUAACAGGAGAAAUGACUUAUACUCUUUUGAUACCAAUACAAAUGUAUGGUCACAAGCUAACUCACAAGGGCAAGUUCCAACACCAAGAUCUGGAGCUAAAGGAGUGGGAUAUAAUAAGUCAUUGUUUUUAUUUGGAGGAUAUACACGCAAAGAUGGUAGCUAUUAUAAUGAUCUUCACAGGUUCGAAGUCGAAACAAGCUUUUGGACUAAAAUUUUUCCUAUUGGUGACGCUCCAAGCCCAAGGACGGACCAUACAGCAGUUUUAUAUGAAAAUUCCAUCUAUAUUUUUGCCGGCUAUGAUGGCAAAAAUCGUUACAAUGAUCUGCAUGCAUGCAAUUUAGACAAUUACGAAUGGUCUCUUAUGCCAGCUGGAGGAAGUGUCCCAUUAACAAGGUUUGGCCACACAGCAGUUGUAUAUCACCACAACAUGUACAUUUUUGGAGGUUGGGAUGGCCAUGAUACCCUUGAUGACCUUUAUCAAUACGCAUUUGCCAGCAGUAUCUGAUAUGAACUUCGCAGAAUCCAAGGAAUCCGACCCAACCCUCGUUAUAGACAUUCCUGCGUUGCCUAUAGUGGCAGUCUAUUUAUCUUUGGAGGUGUCGAUAAAGUCCAAAACAGAUACAACGACCUUCAUGAAUUUAAUAUUACCACACGUGAAUGGAUGCUAAAAAGGGUUACAGGGAGCAUCCCAUCUAGUAGGACUUUUCAUAGAGCUUUAUUAAAUAAGGACCAAAUGUAUAUAUUAGGAGGAUUUGACGGGAGAAGGCAAAAUGAUUUGUAUGUCAUUACUUUAGCUUGUGAAAAUUUAGAAUUAAGCGCAAGGCCAAGCUCAAGCUUGUCAAGGCUGUUUGUAGAAGAUGAAGAAAUGAUGAGCAGCUCUGAUGUGAGCGAAUUAAUUAAACAAAACGCACUUUUGAAGCAGCAGGUCAAAGAGCUUUCAGAUAGAUUAGAAAAAGAAGAGGAAAGGGAUUUAUGCAAAAUUUGUUAUGAGAGGGAAAUUGAUAGUGUUGUAUUAGAAUGUGCUCAUAGAGUCAUGUGCACUAAAUGUGCGAAGAACUUUGUGAAUUGUCCAGUGUGUAGACAGCCGAUUGGAAGGGUAGUUACAACGUUCUCAGCAUAUUAA